CUGUGCUGUCAGUGACGACCGGAAGAAACUUCGCAAAAGAAUGUCGUAAACUCGUACAUAUAACUUAUUGUCUGUCAGACAAAAGUUGAAAAAAUGUGUAUUUCGUAAUCUCUAUGCAAGUUUAUACUAUUUAUAUUGUGUGUAGGUAGUCGAUAAUGUGGAAAGUGAGUUUGUUUGUGUUUACAGCGAUAAUAAUAGUGGCGCGGGCGCAGGAUGACGAAGGACCCUACAGAGGGAAGCUCAUCGGACAUCUCAACACGUACCAUCACCAAGUGUCAGGAGACGUGUUUGCGGUAGAUGACCACACCAUACUGCUAGUGGACUUCAACUAUGAUGGCACUGGAGAGGAUACCUUCUUCUGGGCCGGGGACUCGGGCCGGCCCGGACCUCAAGGGUUCAUAGUGCCCAAUGAGCAUGGAAACACCAACAUUCUCGAGCGCUACCACGACGCGGAGGUCCGGCUGUCGCUGCCGGAGGGCAAGCGGCUGUCGCGCUUGAAGUGGGUGGCCGUGUACGACCUCGGCAGCCAGAACGCGUUCGGAGACGUGUUCGUGCCGGACGAGUUCGAGGCGCCGGCGCCCAAGACCAUCGGCCCACUGGCCGCCGUCAACGCCGGCAGCGCGCCGCCGGUCGCCAGCCAACCCAUCAGGGUGCUCGACGCUGUCACUUUGCUAAUCCCUGAGUUCCGCUACGACGGCAGCGGCGAGGAGGUGUACUUCUGGAUUGGCAGCGGCGCGCAGCCCUCCAACAACGGCAGGAAGAUCCCCGACGAGGAUGGAUACCUGGAGCCGCUCCGGCAGUACGCGGCGGAAGACGUGGUGCUGCGGCUGCCGGGCGCACUCACCGUGUUCGCCGCGGACUGGGUCGCGCUGUGGGACGCGCGCGCGCGCCGCGCACUCGGCGCCGCGCUGCUGCCUGCGGACCUCAACGUGCCGCCCGCGCCUGCGCAUGCGCAUCUCUACCGAUCUUCCCUUCCGAACUGCCGCCAGCUGCACAGAGACUAUCAAGUGUCGUGGGAAGUGUUCGGAAAUCAGAUCACUAUCGAGCUUGCCGCUAAGAUAUCUGAGCAGGACUACAUGUCGUUCGGCAUCUCGGGCAGCGCCGGCCGCAGCUCAAUGCUGGGCGCGGACGUGGCGGUCGCGCGCUACUCCGCCAGCGACCGGAGGGGGCACGCUGCGGACUACAACAUCACUGCGCUGGCGCCGUGCGUGCACGUACUAGGACAAUGGGUGGGCGUAUGCCGAGAUACGAAGCUGGGUGGAUUGGAUUCCAAUCAGGUGUUCAGCGCGGAUCGGGUGGACGGAGUCACCCGGGUGUCUUACCGCCGGACGCUUAGGCCAGAGGACAGCAUGGACCUGGAGUGGCUGACGUCAUCGCCCGCGCACGUGGUGUGGGCGCUGGGGCCGCUGGACGCGACCGGGGAGCCCGCCUACCACCGUGUCUACCCGCGGGCUGACGUCUCUCUGAAGCUGGUGCGGGAGGCCAGCGACCCGCCCGCCUUGGCUAACGACUGCUUCCCGUUCUCGCUGAGCGCGCCGCCGCCGGUCCAGCCGUGGGACACGGCGGAGCUGUUCGACCCCGCGCUGCGCACCUUCUGGUUCCGGCUGGGGCCCGCAGCGGGCGCCCGGGGCGCUGGCCGGGGGCGCCGUCCAGCGCCCCCGCUCGUGUGGUACGUCAACGGCCAGCUAGCGCCCGACCUGCAGCUGCGGCGGGGGCUAGUGUACAGCUUCAAGGUGCUGGGCGGCAACGACCCGCACUCGGCGAGCGAGUACCACCCGCUGAUAGUGACGGCGGACGCCGCGGGCGGGCUGGAGCGGCUCAGCGAGCGCCAGCAGCGCGCGCAGCGGGUGCUGGCGGGCGUCCACAGCCCGCGCCGCGGCCGCCUCGCGCCCACCGCCGCCGGCGCCAAGUGCGUCGGGACCAGGCCCGCCGACGCCGACCCGCGUCGCGACGCAUCGUUCGCGUCGUUCCGCGCGUUCAACCGCACGCUGACGUGGCGCUGCGACGGACUCGCGCCCGCGGACCUCACGAUCGCGCCCGACUCCUCCUGGCCCGACAUCGUCUACUACAACUCCUUCACGCAUAACGACAUGGGCGGCCGCAUCUUCAUAGUGGACCGGCACCGCCGCGACAUCGCGCGGCGCGGAGCUGCGUCCGCCGCGCGGCCGUCGCCCGCCGUCGCGCUCGCGCUGCUGAUAUCAUCAUUGCAGAUGCUUAUUUUGAAUGUUGCGACAAAUGUUUAAGAACAAAUAUUUUACCUAUAUACUCAUUUUUAUCUCAUAUUUUUAUACACAUCAUUGUGAAAAUCACAAUUUUUUAUUUUUUAUAAAUUUUGUAGUUUUCUACGUAAGUUAAGUGUAAAUAAUGUAUAAAAGAAUCAUAUUUGUAUAUUGUGACUGUUUCCGUCCGAACUAAGGCUAGUGUAGAUUGAUUCAAUAGGUAUUUUGUAAAUCUUCGAUGAAAAGGGAACUGUGGUAAUUCAACACCAACCAAAUUACAAGCAAAAUGUUCUCUUGCUAUCUAAGGAUAGCUCAAAAAAUGGGUGCUAAUUCGUUAAUUAAAAUCAUCAAGGACGUAAA